AUGCCCAGAAACGCCCAAUUUCAACCCGGUCGGGAACCCCUGCACGACCAUCCCAGUCUCACACUUCGCCACGGCCAUAUCUCCGGCCCACUAACAUUCCUGAACCCGACGCGCGCACGAUACGCAACAGCGACCACGCCAACGCCUGUACAAGACGCCGACGAGAGUGCAGAUGCAAAACUCACACCACCAUCUCCCAGUCCAGUUGUCGAGCAUUUAUGGCGAUCGCGUGAUAAUCGCAAGGGGCGACAUGCAUUACGGGUAGAUUACCAGGCCGCCCAAGAUGUCCGUCAUGCAGCACCUGCAUCUACCCCAGCACCAACAUCUUCCCUUCGAGCUGUGCUCAGGGGUAUUAUCCGAAUGGCUACAUAUGCACCCUACUGGGAUGUCUCAUAUCUAGUAGCAGUAACAUUUACAGUUGGAUCAGCGAUAUGGAUAAUCAAUGCCUUUUUCGCCUGGUUACCCAUGGUGGAUCCUGCGACCGAGUUCUCGGGUGAGUCGUUGGUUGGUGGAGGUGUUACGGGAUUUAUUGGUGCGACGGUUUUCGAGGUUGGGAGUGUUUUGUUAUUACUUGAAGCUGUUAAUGCGCAUCAAACGGGUUGCUUUGGGUGGGCUUUGGAAACUGAGUUAACGAAACUGGAGGGUGAGACCAAGACCCAGAAUACUGUUACUGCGGUUAAACCCAUCAAGGAAGAUUGUGGACAUCAUCAUGCGAAUAAGAGGAAUCUUGUUGGUGCGGGAAAAUAUGCGCGACGACAUUCUCUUUCUGCGACAGAAGGUUACAGCACCACGUUAUCUGAUGGACAGUCGUUUCGCUGGAUUCCAUCCUUGUCUGAGUUGAGGAGUCACUAUCUCCAUGAGUUGGGAUUUCUUGCAUCUCUAAUUCAGUUCUUUGCUGCCAGUAUCUUCUGGAUUGCUGGACUGACUGGUCUACCGGGGAUAAUCGACAAUAUGAGUCAAGGUCUGACUGAUGGAAUCUACUGGGUUCCGCAGAUGGUCGGUGGUGUUGGAUUCAUCAUUAGCGGGCUUCUUUUUACGCUGGAGACUCAGAAGAAAUGGUAUCUGCCCGCUUUCAAUGUUCUUGGCUGGCACAUUGGAGUCUGGAACUUCAUUGGUGGCAUAGGCUUCACAUUGUGUGGUGCAUUGGGACCAGGAACCAGUUCUUCCAAGGUGGAGUAUCAAGCCACACUGGCUACAUUCUGGGGUUCGUGGGCAUUCAUGAUUGGAUCAACUAUACAGUGGUAUGAGAGUCUUGAAAAGUAUCCUGUCGAGAAGAAACGGUUGGGAAAUUCAACAUCGACUGUUGAGUAA